AUGAUAGACAAUACCUUUAUUGCUUUCUAUGCUUUUUAUUUACAAGGUGGUAUAUCCAAAAAUGUGUCCGUUCCAGAACACCAUGAAAAUUUGGAUGGAAAUAUGAAAGGCCGACUUUCAGAUCUUGAGAAGGUCGUAGAUGAACUUAAAAACAAUGUGUCACUUCCAGAACAAUAUGAAAAUUUAGAGAGCAGGCUAUCAAAUCUUGAACAAGCAGUAGAUCUUAAAAAUAACUUAUCUGAUCCAGAAGAACACAAUAAUUUGAAAGACAGGCUUUCAGUGGUUGAGAACUCUUUGGUUGGCCUUAAGAAUAAUAUAUCAAUAUUAGAACAACAAGAAAAUUUGCAAUGCAACUACUCCAAAGAAAUUGAAGAUAUGAAAAGCAGAUUUUCAGAUCUUGAGAAGACUUUAGAGGAUCUUAAAAAUAAUGUGUCAGUUCCAAAACAAUAUGAAAACAUGGACGACAAGUUAUCAAAUCUAGAACAAGCAGUAGAAAGUCUUCAAAGCAAUGCAACUGAUCCAGUAGAACACAUAAAUAUGGAAGUCAGGCUUUCGGAUCUUGAAAAGGUGGUAGACGAUUUAAAAAAACGUGACCGUCCUAGAAGAAUGUGA